AUGGGGAAACAGCAUGAGGCUGAUGUAGAGCCAAACUCAGAGAUAAGAGUUCUGGUUGAGCUUGCAAAGGAGAGUACCUCAAAAUCAAACAGUGAUGAGGCAACCAACGGUGUGAAUGAUGUGAAGCAUGAUGUUGAAAUACCUACACCUAAGUCUAAGCAUGAGCUUAAAGGCAAGCGCGUGAUGGAAGAGGGAGUUAGUUUUGAGAGCAAGACUCGUGGUCUUGGAAUUGUGGGAUUCACCUAUCAUGGAUUUUCCAGAGAUGGUGGAUCAUCUUCACUUAAGGGAGACAUGGGACCUAAUCCAAAUUCAAGAAAAAGGGCGGUAGGAGUUGAUGAAGGUUUAGAUUUGGACCAAGGAGAACCAAGAGGAGUCAAUGGAUACGGUCUUGGUGACCAACCAUAA